AAUUACAAUGUCACUGCAAAUCAUCAGCAUCAUUCAUCCGAUUCCGAUUAAAUUUUAACGUACAUAUCACAGGAAAUGUCAAAAUGAACCUUCGAUCCCUAUCACUUGCAUCACGACACCUUUGUUAUAUGUAUGAAACACGUAACAAACCAUAUAAAUAGGCACAUACAGCUAGUUCGUGUUCAUUCAUGUGAUCAGGUGCUGAUAAUGUAUAGAAUACUUUUUUGUGGUCUACUGGCCUUGGUCGUGCAUGGUCAAAGGGAUCAGAUGAUUGGUCCUGGGCUAUGGAAUAUCCUUAACAUCUACAAGUAUGAAGGUGAAGGGCAGGACGAGUUCUACCUGGACUACGACAUAGUGAAGAGACGCCUGAACCGCACCCAUGAAGGGUACAACAUCUCCUGCGACCUGCAGAAAGACUUCGAUGACUCUCAUGCGAUGCAUAUAGAUAUAUGCAAAAAGGUCGAUGGUGGAUGCAAGCCCUAUCAAAUAUUAGAUGAUGACAGCGUGGUGCACUUCAUAGAGCAGCACUCUAAAGAAAACCUGGAAAACUUACUCACUGCUGCAGGUGUAGACCCGCCGGAGUUCCCUAUUCCCAAGGGCAAGUACACAGUGAAUAACUUCAUUAUCGACUACUGCGAUCUCCCGCCCAAUGGACCGUACGGGGAGUACGAGGCUGUAGCCUGCAUCAUGAAGGACGCUGUGAAAGCUUUAUGCGUGGUCACCAAUGUGGAAUUCGUCGAAGACGAUGACGACGUGUGUGGGAGAAAUGAUUAAUAAGUUUUAUAUUUAUAAUUGCGAUAUUUCCACGACAGCAGGAUGAAAUGGUUUAAAUUUAUAUAAUGAGAAUUUAAAAUUAAAUAGUAUUUAAGCCCGACCAGAAAAAUUUAAAAGCGCGUUAUGUUGUAGUACACUUUGGAAUUAACUUCUUGUACGUUAAAACGAAGUAGCAAAAAUGGCGGCUCCAAACCAGGUUAUUAUUUCCUAGUCAGGCUGUUAUACGUGCUUAUUAUUUGUUUCAACUCCAAUUCAUUUCAUACUUUUGUUUCUGUUCAAUUAUGACGUUACUAAAAAAAUUAUGGAUGGCGGUUAACAUUUGGUUCAUUUUAUCGUCAAAAAUCUACACCGUUACUGUGGUCUUGUAUAAAAUUAUAUAUUGUCCGAAACGUGUCUUAACGCCUGUCAAGUUCUCUUUAAAUUAACAUAUUUGAUUCUGGUUUGUAUUUAUAUUUCUACUAGGUGACCCGACAGACGUUGUCCCGUCU